UUCCGGGUGGGAGGGGCCUGGAAUGGGGGCCCCGCAGGGAAGGUCUCGAGGGCCGGCAGGGAGCUCGGAAGCCGAGAUCCCCCCUCGACAGGUUCUGAUCCCCCUGCCGUCCCCUCUGCCCCAGGCCAGGCAGCCAUGGCGGUGGAAGGAGGAAUGAAAUGUGUCAAGUUCUUGCUCUACGUUCUUCUGCUGGCCUUUUGCGCCUUUGCAGUGGGGCUGAUCGCUGUGGGCAUAGGGGCCCAGCUCGUCCUGAAUCAGACCAUCACCCCGGGGGCCACCCCUGGCUCCCUGUUGCCCGUGGUCAUCAUCGCAGUGGGUGCCUUCCUCUUCCUGGUGGCCUUUGUGGGCUGCUGUGGAGCCUGCAAGGAGAACUACUGUCUUAUGAUCACGUUUGCCAUCUUCCUGUCCCUUAUCAUGCUGGUGGAGGUGGCUGCAGCCAUUGCUGGCUAUGUGUUUAGAGACAAGGUGAUAUCAGAAUUUAAUAAGGAUUUCCGGCAGCAGAUGCAGAAUUAUCCCCAAAACAACCACACAGCAUCGAUCCUGGACAGUAUGCAGGAAGACUUUAAGUGCUGCGGGGCGGCUAACUACACAGACUGGGAGAAGAUCCUGAGCAUGAAGCGAGUCCCUGACUCCUGCUGUGUCAAUGUCACUCAGGGCUGUGGGAUUAAUUUCAACGUGAAGGAUAUCCACACUGAGGGCUGUGUGGAGAGGAUUGGGGGCUGGCUGAGGAGCAAAGUGCUGGUGGUGGCUGCAGCAGCCCUGGGCAUUGCCUUUGUGGAGGUCCUGGGUAUCGUCUUUGCCUGCUGCCUUGUGAAGAGCAUCCGAAGUGGCUAUGAGGUGAUGUAGGGGGUCUAGUCUUUUCAGCCCCCUCAUCCAGGGGAGUGGGUAGUAUACUCCAGGUUUUUCAAUUAAACGGAUUAUUUUUUCAGACCGAAAAGA